ACCACACCAGCUGCGCAUGCGCCGUGCCACCACAUUGAGCCUGCUGAACUCUCGGAAGUUUAGCCAAGUUGCAGAGAUUUUAGCAUCGGCGAGACUCGAGCAAAACAGGCUUAUUUUAGGGUGAAAAAAGUGCGUUAGGACGACAUCGCACACCGGGUAGUAAACCACGGAGGAUUACCGAUGGAUUUAAAUCGUUUUUUGUCGUUUAAUUCACGCUAAAACCGGCGUUAGACACCUUUGAAAAGAAGUUGUGAUUGUUUUUUUUUGGCGCUCUGUGUAGCAGCAGCAGCAGCAGCAAAAAGAGAGAGAGAGUGAGAGAGAGAGAGAGAGGGGGAAAGGAAAAGAUGGAGGAUCUGCUGGUGUAGCAGCUAAAGCUAGCGUCGUUUCUUUUCUUUUUUUUUUUUUUUUGGAGGAGAGAGAAAGAAAAAGAGAGGAGCCGCUUCACUUCACGUCUGCCCGAAAAAGUUUGGAUGCGUUAAUUCACCAACGAAGUGCAGUUCAUGUGUGCAGAGCAACAAAAGCAUGAGUGUCCCUCGGGCUCUGAGGAUGGGACCAGGGCUACUGGAGGCAGGAUCUAGACAUCAGAUGGUGCUCUGAAGAAGCCAUGGGUAGCUGUUUAAGCUGUCCAGAGAAAGAGUCAAUUCCAGAUAAUCAUCAAAGUAAAUUCAAGGUGAUCAACGUGGACGACGAUGGGAACGAGCUUGGCUCUGGCGUGAUGGAGCUGACCGAUGCCGAGCUGGUCCUCCACACCCAUCGCCGUGACGACGUCAGGUGGCCUUACCUGUGCCUACGUCGCUAUGGCUACGACUCCAACCUCUUCUCCUUUGAGAGCGGCCGACGCUGCCAGACGGGCCAAGGUAUCUUCGCCUUCAAAUGUUCCCGAGCCGAGGAGAUCUUCAACAUGCUGCAGGAGGUGAUGCACAGUCACAGCAUCAGCGUGGUGGAGGAAGCCGUGCUGGAGCCCAACCACCAGGCCGCACACACUCCUGCAGCUCCUGGGUACUCGGUGCCAAACGGUGGGACCCGGAUCCCCUCUGUGGGCGAGGCCCCGUCUCACCCCUCCACCCGCCACCCGUCUGUGGCGAGCACCCGUCUGCCCUCUGUGGGAGAAGAGUCCACUCAUCCUCUGCUGGUGGCUGAUGAAGCGGUUCACACCUAUGUAAACACCACGGGGCUCCUGGAGGAGCAGCCGAGCCCGCUGACCGUCACCACACCGCUGGAGAGUCCCACCUCUCCCCAGUCUCAGUGCCCGCCAACCCCACCGCCUCCUCCCAGGGUCCGCACCGAGCCGCCGGCCCUGCCCCCGCAGCCGGAGCCCCAGGUGCUGCUGGAGCAGCAGGGCGUGCGCUUCGUGCUGGGCCCCACCCCCGUUCAGAGGCAGCUGAUGGAGAAAGAGAAGGAGAAGCGUCAGCUGGAGACGCACGAGGUCGAGGAGCCCCGAGAGACUAACGGCCACGCGGAGGAGGCCCCCGCCGAGGCCGAGCCGACCCCCCUACACUCCAACGGCUCCUCGUCCAAUCCGGCCACGGCUCCUCGACGCCACCGCCCGCCCCCGCUCACCCCCGACCUGCAGAAUGUCAACAACUCGGCCCAGCGGCGCACCGCCCUGCUGGACUACGAGAACCUGCCGGCUCUGCCGCCGGUGUGGGAGGCGAGGAAGCCGAGCUCGGAGGAGGAGGAGAACUGCAGCCUGAAAACGCCGUCGCUCAACGGCUACAACCACCAGCAGCACAGUCUGCUGCACCACUCCUACUCCCACCCGCUGUCCGCCGCCCUCGAGUCCUCGCACAACUACGUCAACACCGAGAACGUGACGGCGCCGCUCAGCGCGCACCGGCCCGACACGGCCCGCCGCCGCACCGAGGGCCCCACCAUCUUCAACUUUGACUUCCGCCGGCCGCCGCUGCUGGGCCACGCGGAGCUGCCCAAAACACUCAACUACAUCGAGGUGGAGAUGGACAACAGCGGCGGCAACAAAGGCGCGUCGGACGGCAGCAACCCCCACACGCCGCGCACCCCCACCUCCCCGCUGCCCCCCACGACCCCCACCCGCCGCAACGAGCCCUACGCCCUCAUCGACAUCGAGCGCACCGCCGCCAUGUCCAACCUGCAGAAGGCCCGGCCGCGAGACGACGGGACGUCACGCAAGACGCGGCACAACAGCACGGAGCUGCCCACCAAAAGCACUGUGUGACCCCCCCCUUCCUCUUCCUCCUCCUCUUCCCCCCGGCCCCUCCCCCACCUGCUCACACACGUGCUUUUUUUUUCUCACGUACCGAACUUAAUUGUCCACAGCGGAGACGACAGGAAGAGACUCAACCCGAGAAAAGUCUUACAAUGAGUUACCUGACUUCUUCUUCUGUGGUGAUGAACACGUAUAGCAGUUUGUUGUUCCUCUGGUGACGUGAUACCUCCUCUUCAUCGCACAGAGCGUGGCGGUGACGAUGAUGAUGAUGAUGAUGAUGAUGAUGACUGCAUUCCUCCCUCUCCUCCUUAUAUGGUACAAAUCAGUAUUACUGAACAAAGCAUUCCAUUUAGCUCUUUUUAUAUGAUUCACUACAUGCUGCUGUAAGUUCAUGGUACACUACAUUAUGUUUCUGACUAUGUACAGUAGAUUCUGGCACAAUAAAUGUCUGUUCUGUU